AUGGCACAUUCACAUCGACAACCAAAGGUCAAUAUGUUCGACUUAAUGCAACAAAUAAUAAGUUCGGCCAAAUAUGCUCGUGAGUACAAAAAAGAGUGUGAAGCUCUAUCUCAAUGCAUUGUACGCUUGCAUGAUAAAUUGACUAAAUCAAGCGAUCGGUUACGCCAAGAACUAGGGAAUGAAGCAUUUGACAAGAAUUCGAAACAUCUUUUGCGUACUUUGAUAACAGUUCAGAAACUCGUGUCGGAAUGUCAAAAUCCGAAUACGACAUUACAAGGUGCCAAGAAACUUAUUGCUAAGAAAACUCUAGAAAGUGAUCUCGACGGUGCUAAAUUAACUUUGAUAAAUAUUGAGGCAGAUUUUACCUCUGAUCUUCAAGCUAAAAGAAAAAUUCUUUCGCUGGCACUACAAGAGAAGCAAAAUACCAAUAGAACUCGUCAAGAAGCAUAUAAAAAGGAACAUGUUUCAGCACUAUUAAAUUUGAUUGGAACAGAAACAGCAAUUUUCGCAAAGAAAAAUCUUGGCAAACUUUAUUCGCAACACAAGGAUAUCAUCAAUCUUUACUUAGAGCAAUGUGAAAAACUUCAUACUGGAGUGCCCAUUACAGGAUUAGAUCAGACGGUUGAUAGUUUUGUCAAGAAGGUUCAUAAGUCUGCCGACUUUAAGUCUGAACCUGUUAUGAUUGAUCAAGUUCGUAAUAUGAGUUUGCCAGUCGAAUCAGUUUACAUUCAUUUGAAGGCCGACCAUUCGACGACGUUGGAACGUGAUCAAGCUCGGAAGUUAAUUUUAAACAAUCAAGAAGAUGAUGACAGAAAUGUUGAUCCAUAUGAUCGAGAAAUGUCGAUGGGAGUUGCUUCAGCAACUAUGAUGGAAUCUUUCAUGGAAAGAGAUCGAUUCCAUAAGAAAAAAGAAGAUGAUCCGUUCGAUUUUCAAGAGAUAUUACGUAAUAAUCGAUGGAUUGUUAUACUUGGUGACCCAGGUAGUGGAAAAACGACAUUUGUUCGAUGGCUCGCAUCGAAAUAUAUCAAAGAUGUAUCGAAAAGAAACGAAGCAGUAGACAAAGAUGAAAGUAAUGAACAAAUGCACGGACGUGAUAGUACAUCAAGUGACGAUGACAGCGAUGAUUCAUCAAAGAAAAAGAAUAAAACUAGUAACAAGAACAACAUGGAUGAAUCUUUGGUUGCUGGAUCUACUCGAAUGCCGAUUCUAAUGCGUGUCGGUGAAUUCGCCCAAGAACUAGCAAAAAAUUCUGAUUUAUCUCUAAUUGAUUAUAUUGGUCAUCACACAUGGAUGGGAAAUCCGAUGAUCGAUUUUCGUACUGAACAGAAGAAGGAGAAGGAGAAGCAGCAGCAAAAGCAAUUGGAAAAGUUGAAACAAGCAUUACAUGAUUAUAUCAAACUAGGCUAUGCGCUUAUUAUCCUAGAUGGACUUGAUGAAAUUCCCGAAGCAGAUAAAAGAAGUAAUGUUGUACGUUUGGUAGAAGAAUUUGUUGAUUCAUAUGUUCCAACCCCAAAACAUGUUACUGUUUUGGAUUCUCAAUUUUCCGAUAGAGAACUUGAUAUUCCAUUUCAAGCUGGUGGUAAUCAACUUAUCAUCACGAGUCGAAUAGCGGGCUAUCAUGUACGACCAUUGAACGGUCAAUUUUCUCACUAUACCAUUCUAAGAAUGCAUAUGGAUUAUAUGAAAGAGUUUGUCGAUCAUUGGUUUCAGACAGUUCAUCAACAGAUGAGUGACAUUUUAAAUCUGAAUAUUUCACCUGAGGAUAUAAAGCAAAUAUGCGAAGUACAGACUGAUGCGAUGAAAACACAAUUAGAAAAGUUCAAAGACAGUGCCUUAGGUCAAAUGGCAUCAAAUCCUUGUUUACUGAAUUUUCUUUGUCUCAUUGCGCUUCAAACACCGGAGGCCGAAUUGCCUGCUGAACGCAUCUGUUUGUACGAUAGGAUAGCGAAAAUGAUGGUAAAACUGUGGUCAUCGAAAGAAGGAAGGGGUCUUUCAAGAAAUCCGAAUAUAGUCGACCGGCUUAUAUGUGAUAUUGCAAUCUAUAUUCAUCAGAAUUUUUCAAGUGGAUUAAUUGGAAAAACAGAUUUUCUAACAGUGUGUCAAAAAUCUCUUCAACCAUUUUGUGAAACAAAAAAAGAGAGCGAGAUGGAACAAAUUGCGAAUCAAUGCAUUGAUGACUUUAAAAGAAGUACAGGUAUUCUUAUCGAGCGAGGGCAAUAUUUGUAUGGCUUUUUACAUUUGACACUACAGGAGUAUUACACCUGUAAAAGUAUGGUAACUAUUAAUAAAAGACUGGAUCGACCGCAAGUGCUCUUUAAUAUCUUUCAAGAGCAAAUACUCGAUCCACGAUUUCGUGUUCCACUCACAUUAGCCUUGGGUUGGGUGAGUUGGAAAUGGUCGAAAAAACGACAAACAGAAACAGAAUCAGAGUAUGACAAGUUUUGUGAAAUUCUUUUCAAAUCAAAUCAUGCUUUAUCAGGCUAUUUUCCAAUAGAAAUACUAAUGUUUCUUACGUCGAUGAAAGAACUGAAAAGUUUGCCAUCGAAAAAGCAAUUAUUCACCGUUUUUGAUCGCCUCUUGUCAAUAGCUUCUCAAAAUAAUUGGCAUAAAUUGUUCUCUGAUCUUGAAAAACGAAUGGCUGCUGGCUUGCUUCAACUACCACCAGAAAUGAUACAAGAAUGGAUUAACCGAGUAUUUUCGUCGAACGAAUCGACUGUUAAAUCGAUCACUAGUGUUUGUUCUCUAUUACGUGAAUGUGAACGAUUAGUUUAUACGAGUAGUAACGAGAAUUUGAAGAUACUAUUUAAAAGUUGGGCAAAUAAAACUGUGUGUGCAUCGUUACUCAACCAUUUAUCUCAUGAUACUAUCGACAAUGAAUUUGCAAUCGAUGAAAUAUUGGCUAAUAUUGCCAUUUCAAAGUCUGAGUCUCUCUUCUCGAAUGAUCUUGGUAAAAUGUUCAUCGACAAUCCAACAUGUCUAACGAGACUUAGUUUACCAAUGUUAGCAGCCAUCAUUGCUCUUUAUGGAGGCUUGACAUUUUCGAAUAAAAGAAUGCAACGAGAAUUAAAACAAUCAUUCGAUUAUAAUGGUAACAUGGUGACGUUCGCUAAUUUCUCUGUUAUUUUUUCACCAAAAUCGAUGCAUCGAAAAUCUUCUCUCACAUCGUUUCUUAUAACUUAUAUUCGCGAUCGAUACGUCAAAAACAAUGUGCGAAUUCAAUCCGAUUUCACUAAUCACAUUCAAGAAAAAGCAAAGAAAAUCUCAAUCGAGGAUCAAAGCUUAGAAGCAGUUGAUACUUUCAUUCUUAUGUUCUGUAUUAUUGGUGUCGAUCAACCUUGGCUAUUUAAAACUUUUGUUGAACAUAAAGCAUUUUCACUUGCCAUAGAUCGUUUCAAACGAAUUGCUAACUAUCUUCGACAGCUAUACUUUAUUCCAGAGAUAUACAAUCGAUUUCAGAGUAGCAUCAGUAGUAAAGAUAGUCUCUUGUCGAAUUUCAACAAUUUCGAUAAGUAUAUGUACAAACAAUGUACAGUUAAUCGAGAUUCAACACGAUUGAUCGAACUGUUUGUGAAUUGGUAUCGUCCGCUCGAAACAAUUCCUAGUCAAUCAUCGCAAAAAAGUCUUGAAAUUUUAUUCAUUUUUAUCGAUUUAAUUUGUCGAGGACGUGCACGACUCUGCACAACCACACGUACUUCAUUGACAAACAAAUGGCUGUGUAAGACCGAUCAAAGAUUUUUACUGUUACCGAAAUUUUUUCAAAAAGCAGUAAAUCUACAACAGUUAUUCGACCAUCGAUCAACUCCAUCAUCUGUCUCCAACAUUGCACUUCCGAUGUUUUUACGUUCGUUAUGGAUAUUCAACGACAUUCAACAUGGUGCCGAUAUUUCUGAAGUAACAAUUGACAAAGCAGAAUAUUCCAUGCUUCGCGAAUACGAUAAAAAUCAUUUUUUUGCACUGGCAUUUGUUUCAAAACACUUAGAAUAUCUAUAUUUGCGUGCUAUCCAACAAGGAUAUAUCACACUAAAACACCCGUACAAGAAUCAGAUUCGAAGCGAAAAACCGACACAAACUCUUUCGUUUGCUCAUAUACUUUGUAUUAGUUUACUCUCUGUCUGCAAACCACCAGUCUCAUAUGCUAGUCAAUCUGCUUUGAUUGCUCUUUUACCACUUUGUCGCAUUUAUCAACUGGAACAUUUGGUUCUUGCUCUUCUCUAUUGGACAAACAAAGUAUCAACCCAUGAUCCAGGAGCGGUGAAAUGGUUUUUUGAAGAAAUGCAACGAAAGACAGAUGAUGAACAUUUUUUAUAUACCGAUGGUUACGACAAACUGUCUGAAGUUGAACGUGUUGAAAUAUCUGAUGAAACUGUAACCAAUGGAAUUAAACAUGCUAUUGAACAAGAGACACAUCGUUUACAGAAUGCAAUCAAAAUAUUGAAAUCACACGACAGAGAACAAGAAGGAAAUGCAAUACUUUUCGCCGCGGCAGUCUCAUUGGGGAAUUUAUGCUGGUCCUCAUCAUCGGAUGAUGCAAAACAAUUGUUUAAAAAAGUUAUGAGUGCAGUUCAAAAGAUCACCGAUCCGAUGGUGCGUUUAGAUGCAAUUAACAUACUGGCAGUUUGUCCUUUUCUUCUUAUGUCUGAACACUCAGUCGAGAGUCAUUACAUUAUUGAAGAUGAAUUGAAAAACUUGUCGACAAAAACUUUUUCGGAAUUACCACAGAAUCUAUCACCAUUAUUAUUUGUACCAUUCUUAGAUCGUCAUAUUACAUUGAUCGGCGCACAUAAGAACAUCAUUGAUCGAAUUUGUGGUAUCCUAGAUGGAAUCAAUCAAAUGAAAGAUGAAAAUGAUCGGCAUGCUAUUUCAAUAGCUCUUGGCGCUUGGAUAAAUUUGAGUCCGGAUAUCGCAUCUCGCUUGUUUCGUUUCAUAAAGAAGUCUACUGAUUUGUCUGUCCCUAUGCGUAGUCAAAUUCUUCAAUUCGAUUCGCCUUUACUGAGUUAUUUAACAGAAGAAUCGACAACAUCGAAAGGAAAUAAUCGUUCUUUCUUGGACGGACAAGAUCAUUCUAAAUCUGUCUUCAUACUCUAUGCAUGUCUCUAUUUGAUAAAUUUGUCGAGUGAUCUUCAAAAGUUGCCUGUUUAUCUCGGUAAGAGUUCAUUGAUGAACGUCGAUAUUAGUCGUUUGUGGAAUCAGCCCAUUGGUCUGUGUCAAGAAAAACGAACUUUGACAUAUUCACAUAUCGUUGCUAUCCGGGAGAAACUAGAUGCGUUGAACGCUUCAGAAUCAUGUUUGAAUGAGAUUAAUCUACUGGAAAAACAAUUACAUGAUUUCGACCGAUGUGAAUUGAGUGCACGAAGUUCUCUAGCCAAAUGGUUGAAAUAUAAAAAAACGUCUUAUUAUUAUGCCUUUGCUUCUCAUGCAGCACUCAUCUUGGCUCGAACUGACACCUGGAACGUUGAUAUCGCGAAUAUUCUUUGUGAUUUGCUUGUAACUGAUAGCAAUCGAUUUAGUCAAGAGGUCGAAUCUCUAUUUCAUCGAAAGGAGAGAAAAAGUAGUGACCUCGGACAUGAUGUCUUGCUUACAUUGAUCAAACGAUUUGUUUCAUUUGAGAAAAAAUCUACGCAUGCUUCUCUUGUAUUAACCUGGCUAUUUGAAAAAUUAACAAUUGAUGAUACGCAACACUUGCAUGCAAUUAUCGAAUGGGAAAAUAAGCGUAUGGAAGUCAAUGAUAAGCAAAAUACCAACAUUGAUAAUUCGCCUAUUUCGACAGAAGAACAGAAUUUGUUAAAAAAGUCUUCGCCAAUAGCUCGUUAUUUUACACGUUUUACAGGCGACGUAAUGAAAUCAUUUACAGAAUAUAUACAAUCAUUCAUUGGCAGUCUACUGAAUAGAUCUGGUAAUAAUCGGUUGAAAACUUCACGUCGACAAUUUAUUUUCGGUUGGUGUGCAAGAAUAUUUUCUUCUGAAAGUAACAAUAUCGAUAGUAUAUUGAAGAUAUUUGAGAAUUUAUUGAAAAGAGAUUUUUCACCGACACUGAAAUCUAGUGUAGUAUUCGCAAUCGGACACAGCAGUACAGAGCAAGCACAAUCAAUUUUGUUGAAAUUAAUCAAGCAUCAACUUCAAACCGAUGUUCCUAUUCCAGAAAUUGUUUUAGCAAUGUCUGUUCAAGCAUAUUUUUGGUCUUGCUCAUGUCAAAAACUGAAAUUUUCCGAGAAGGAAACCAACAAAAUUGAUAAAACAAAAGAUAAAACAAAAACUAAAGAUGAUGAAAUUAAAAUUGAUCCUUUAUACAUUGAAAUGUUAAAGAAUGAAUCAUCAGAUAUUCAACGUACUGCAAGUAGUGUGUUAGCAACCAUUUGUCCAAAUGUCGAAAAACUUCUUCAAAUCUUCGAAAAUGAUACUGGAUAUUGUUAUCGAUCGCUAAUGGAAGCCAUUAUUCAUCCUUCUGAUAUCAACACAAGAAAAGCACAUACGAAAUGUGUGGUUGGAUUGAUUAAAGCAAAUAAUGAUUCAGGUUUAUUAAAAAUUUUCGUUUCCGAGCUUGUUGAAAGUAUGAAAGACGUUGAAACUCAAAUCAAGCAAUAUCCGGAUUGGUCAGAAACGUUCAGCAGUAUCAAUCAUAUUGAAAUCGCUUGUGAUCUUGCCGAUGAAAUGCCAGCUGCGUUCUCCACUGUAAUCGAUGAAGUGAGUAAUAGAGAAUUAUUUCAACAAAACUUGAUUGCUACCAGUAGACAACAUGACUAUCGUCGACAAAAUGCUUGCAUAAAAUUGACCUCAAUCAUAGGUGAUUUGACUGUUGACGUCUGUAACAUGUUCAUUGAUGCCAUUGUCGAAAAUCCAUCGACUCAAGCCACAUGCUAUGAUUCUAUCAAAUAUUUUAGAAAGCCACGUGAUUAUCCAAAACGGGAACAAACUCUUCAGCGACUUGAUCUACUGUUAGAACAGUUAACGAUGGAGCACGAAGAUGAGGAGUCACCAUUAUUUCAACUAAAAUCAGCCUUAGAAGACUUUCGAUCAGCAUUGAUUGCACUUAGAUCACCACAAAAAUAUUUGAAAUAUGCUCUAGAAAAACUAGAAUCAAUUCUCACUCAAUUGAAAUUGGAUAAACAAUUAAAAACAAAUCUCAAGCAACUGAAAUCAACUUUACAAGACCUAGAACCGAUUCUCAAUUUAUGGGGACCAGCAAUGAGUCAACUAGUCAAACAUCUAAAAUCUGAGUCGUUGAAUAAGCGUUGGGCCGCUGCCAAUUUUCUGGAGCGACUAGUUCAGUGUAAUGUCGUUUCAGCACUUCGUGUACAAGAACUACUUCGAAAAACAAUCGAAGAUGACAGUUCGAAAGAAAAGCUUUGGUUACGCACAAGUGAUAAUGUUCAAAGUUUUUACAAAUCGAUGGGGUCACUUGAUCAAAUGCUGCGUAAAUUAUUGAUGCGCAUGUUUUCAAUUGAUGAGACAUCUAUUGAACUAAGAGCGAUAGAAGAAAAAAACCGAUUAUUGGAAGAUUUCCAGAUAGCGGAAAUGAGCGCACAAUUAGCAUCAUGUGUUAACCUCGAUGAAGACCCUGAUGAGUCUGAAAGUGAAUCGGAUUCGAACGAAUUUAGCGACGUUGAUGAUUAG